AUGGCGUUUGGGAAGAAUCCCCGGGAUCCCUACGGGACCUCCGUGGGACACCUCAUAGAGAAGGCUACAUUUGCUGGAGUUCAGACUGAAGAGUGGGGCCAGUUUAUGCACAUAUGCGACAUAAUCAACACGACCCAGGAUGGGCCUAAAGAUGCAGUAAAAGCGUUGAAGAAAAGGAUUUCCAAAAACUACAACCAUAAGGAAAUCCAACUUACUCUGUCACUCAUAGACAUGUGCAUGCAGAAUUGUGGCCCAAGUUUCCAAUCUCUGAUUGUGAAGAAGGAUUUUGUGAAAGAUAGUCUAGUUAAGCUGUUGAAUCCCAGAUACAACUUGCCAUUAGAUAUUCAGAAUAAAAUCUUGAAUUUCAUUAAGACCUGGUCACAGGGUUUCCCAGGAGGCGUGGAUGUAAGUGAAGUGAAAGAAGUCUACCUUGACCUGCUUAAGAAAGGUGUACAGUUUCCUUCCUCAAAUGCAGAGGCUGAACCAAGACAAGACAGCUCAUCUCAUCCAACAACAUGUGUUCCUACUGCACCAGCUCUUUCUUCAGUGGUUGCUCCCAAGAGCUCAACCAUUACACUGGUCCCAGAACAGAUUGGAAAAUUACACAGUGAGUUGGAUAUGGUGAAAAUGAAUGUGAGAGUGAUGUCAGCCAUAUUAAUGGAGAACACCCCUGGAUCUGAAAACCGUGAAGACAUAGAGCUGCUGCAGAAACUUUAUAAGACGAGCCGAGAAAUGCAGGUGAGAAUCAUGGACCUGCUGGUGGUAGUGGAGAAUGAAGAUGUCACUGUUGAAUUAAUUCAAGUGAAUGAAGAUUUAAAUAAUGCCCUCCUUGGAUAUGAGAGGUUUACUCGAAACCAACAAAGGCUUUUGGAGCAAAAUAAAAAUCAGGAGGAAGCAACCAAUACUAGCAGCGAACCUUCUGCACCGUCCUCUGAUCUCCUGGACCUAAGCCCCAGCCCUCCGACUCCUAGAGCCACUCUGGGAGAACUCAACACCAUGAAUGCUCGGCUUUCAGACUUAAAUUUUAGAUCUCCAGUUCCUGCUGUGAACAAUUCUGUGAGGCCCAGCCAUUAUCCACAAAUGGACUUAUUAGCCUCAGAAAACACAGAAACACUCCUGUCUCCCCCGAGGACCAGCCAAAACCACCUCUCCAGCCCCACAUACGACAACUUUGCAGAAGAUUCAUACGCAGUAUUGCUACAGCCAAGCAUCCCAACGACAUGGGCAAACCAGACGCCACCAGCGUUGCCUAGCAACCAUCCAGCAAUGGCAAAGAAUGAUCUUCAGCCACCCAAUUACUACGAGGUGAUGGAGUUUGAUCCUUUAGCUCCUGCUGGCACUACAGAAGCUAUCUAUGAAGAAAUUGAUCCUCGUCACAAAAGAACUCAAAAUCACACUCACUGUUGA